UUCUUCGAUCAAUCUCCAACGAUCGAGUUACAAUGACCCAAGAGACUCGGAUGAAGUGCUAUAUCCUGAGUCAUGAGAAAGCAAUUGCCGCCAUCUAGCGGCAGUAUAAACUACAAAUUACUCACCGCGGAGCAAGUGAGGACCCAUUUGGACCCGCAGUCGACGCUCGGGAAUCCCACAUUUCGUGAACUCAUUAUGUUGCAAGAAGAACAAGUGCGAAGGGGUUAUAUAUUGGCCAAACCCCGGUCCAGCGAAUGCAAAUGUAUCGCAACUCCCUCACAAUUUUGAUCCUCACAUAGCCAUCAUGCUGAGACCACAAUAUACCAGCACUCGAGAACUUAUAUCCCUCGAUGGAUUAUGGAACUUCGAGAUCGUGAAGGCCGCUUUGCAAUGCGAACACCCCUGGACGAACGCAAUUUCAGACAAAGUACAAAUCCCGGUUCCUGCAAGUUACAACGAUAUAUUUCUUGACCCAGAAGUUCGAAAUCACGUCGGCUGGGUGAAAUACCAGCGAAGGGUCCGCAUCCCGCCCGGAUGGGCUGGCCGACGUGUAUAUGUUAGAUGUGAUGCCGCCACACACCGCGGCCGUAUCUAUGUCAACCAAGAUCUUAUCAUUGAUCACGAGGGUGGUUACACGCCGUUCGAUGCGGACGUGACAGAUAUCGCAAAUGCCGGAGAGGAGUUUCAACUCACGAUUGCGGUCAGCAACGAAUUGUCGAAUGAAACUAUUCCGCCUGGCAAAAUUGAAACACUCCCCGACGGAAGGAGGAAGCAGACCUAUUUGCACGACUUUUUCAAUUAUGCCGGGCUUGCUCGCUCGGUCUGGCUGUACUGUGUCCCAACAACCCACAUCUCAGACAUUACCAUCAAUACUAGUGUUGAUUGGACCCGUUCACUUGGCCGAAUUGAAUAUCAGCUCGACGUUCAAACCGAUGAUACCACGGCUGAUCUCUGCGCCAAAGUUUCCGUAAGAGACGAAAAUGGUGAAUAUGUGGCAGAUUCAGAGGGUUUAAAGAACGCGAUCAACAUCCCGUCCGUGCAAUUAUGGCAGCCAGGUGCAGCUUACUUGUACAAGGUGACAAUCGAGUUGUCGUGCAAGAACAACUCCGUUCUCGACGUGUACCAUGUCUCCACAGGAGUCCGUACUGUGGAGGUCCGUGGAGACCAAUUCCUUAUCAACAAUAAGCCAUUCUAUUUCACUGGGUUUGGUAAACACGAAGAUACACCGAUCCGCGGCAAGGGCUUUGAUGCAUCAUACAUGGUACACGAUUUCGAGCUCAUGAGUUGGCUGGGCGCUAAUUCGUUCCGUACAUCGCACUAUCCGUAUGCAGAAGAGAUACUGGAUUAUGCGGAUCGCCAUGGCGUCGUAGUCAUCGAUGAGACCGCGGCGAACCAUCCAUGUGUUGUGAUGUGGUCCAUCGCAAACGAGCCGGCAUCUCACGAGCCAGGCGCACGCGAGUACUUCGCACCUCUGGUGCAAUUGACGAGGGAAUUGGACGAGCGACCGGUCUGCUUCGCAAACUUUGGACUUGCGACUUCUGAAAAGGACCGUAUCACUGACUUGUUCGACGUAUUAUGCCUGAACAGAUACUACGGGUGGUACGAGAGCUGUGGCGAUCUGAAGAUGGCUGAAUCAGAGCUUGAAAAGGACCUCCGCGGCUGGCACGAAAAGUAUGGAAAGCCAAUGAUUAUGACGGAAUAUGGAGCGGACACGAUUGCAGGUCUUCACUCUGCCACUGUGACUCCAUGGAGUGAAGAGUUUCAGGCACAAUUGCUGGCACUUUAUCAUCGCGUGUUUGAUCGAGUACCGGGGGUUGUGGGAGAGCAGGUAUGGAGUUUCUCGGACUUUCAAACCAGCCAACUCGUGUUCCGGGUCGAUGGUAACAAGAAAGGAAUCUUUACAAGGGAUAGAAAACCCAAAAAUGCAGCACAAGUCCUUCGGCGUAGAUGGCUCCUUGAUGGGAAGGGGAACCGAGAGCAAUGAAGGUACUCUGAUGCUUUGCCCAUGUGGAACAUGACCAAGCUACCGCCCUAACUGAGAAAUGAUACAAUUUCUACAUGAUUAUCGCAUUCCCCAAUGAUGUGUUACAUAAAUUCCUCCUUACUGUACGAGGUGUUUCGUCGUUCGUUCGAACGCAAGG